AUGGACGAACACGAAGCUUCCCAGAACCAGAUGUGUGGAAAAUCCCGCAGGAAGCAACCAGGCAGUGUAAGCGUGGUACAAAGGGGCAUCCGUUUAUCUGUGGCCUUUGAGUGCUUCGAGUGUGGCCAGACUUUUCCACGGAGUUUCAAACCUUCUGUGCCACCACAGAAAUCACACAAGUGUGCAGCAACUGUGGGAAGGCCUUCAAACAGAAAGCCAACCUCCUGUGGCACAAGCUUGUUCAUAUCGGAGAGAAGCCUUUAUACUGGGGAAAACGGUGGCAAGGCCUUUCGUACCAAAGAGAACGGCAAGCGCCCCCAGCAGAGUAGCAGAGGAGAGAAGCCCUACACGUGUGGUGAGUGCAGAAAGGUCUUCAGGUGGCCAAAGGGCUUCAGCAUCCACCAGAGGCUGCACUUGACAAAGAGGUUCUGUGCGCAUGAGCACUGUGGGAAGGGCUUCUGCCACUGGGCUUUUUCACGAGAUGUCAGAGAACUCACGGGCAAGAAGUGUAGAUGUUCCUGUGGACCCCCGUUCUCAGCCAUUAGGAAGAACUACGGCAGUUUUGAAAUUGGAGAUGUGUUCUACCAUACUCAGCGAACCGUGAAGUUAGAUCUUCCCUUACUGAAGAACCCCACCCCUACCUUUCAAUUUCACCUCAAGGAAGCCAAAGCCCCGCACUGCUCGGUGAGAGUAGCACUAAUAGGAACAAAGGAAAGGAAGGCCAAUGUGGCCAAGGCUGGCUUGGCGGAUGAUUGUGAAAAGCAUUUUAAUGCCCCGAAGAACCCUGUGCCUGAGGAUAAACACACAGCCCUGGUGGACGACAAGGAGAAGGAUGUGAACAACUGUGCUGAGUUCCUGUCUGGAUCUCAGGCCAGCAUCCAGAAGAAUGAGAAGCAGCUCAAGAAAAUGAAGAACAUAAUUCCCUCUGACCAGAUGAUCACUGAUGAGAUCUUCCCAGAAACCAAGCUAAACAAGAAGAAGAUGGCCCCACUAGCCCAUCAAGAGAGAACCUAUGAAGCAGGGGGGAGACACAACUCCGUUCACACGAGAAGACGGUUCCUGCUUCAGUGGGACAAUAUCCGCGUGGGGAUGAUCGGCCUGCAAAAAUCCUGUUCCUGGAAGGUGCGGGGCCACAGAUAUAGACUUCUAGGGAUGUCCCUCUAGGAAUUCAGGGCACUCCAGAAAAAUCUUCAAAAGCCCUUAGAUAUUGAUCUCCGUGCGUUGAACCUUGAAGCAGAGGAGACCGCAGGGCAAACACUACCUCAAUGA